CCGCGCCCCUUCUACACACGUACGGCAUCGGACAGGAAGAAAAGCGCUGUCAAAGCGGUGAAUGAACUGCUCGCUUCGGCUCCUUCUGCACUCCCACACCGACGUUUGGACGGAACCGCAGCCAACAUGCUGAUUAAAGAGUUCCGGAUUGUCCUGCCCAUCUCAGUCGAAGAGUACCAGGUGGGCCAGCUGUACACAGUCGCAGAAGCCAGUAAAAAUGAGACGGGAGGGGGAGAAGGUGUGGAGGUGCUUGUGAACGAGCCAUAUGAGAAGGAUGGCGAGAAGGGACAGUACACCCACAAGGUCUACCACCUGCAGAGCAAAGUGCCGCAGUUCGUCAGGAUGAUUGCUCCCAAAGGUUCUCUUGAGGUGCAUGAGAAGGCCUGGAAUGCAUAUCCCUACUGCCGAACAAUCCUUACAAACACCUAUAUGAAAGAAAAGUUCAUGAUCAAGAUCGAGACGUGGCACAAGCCUGAUAUGGGGGAUCAGGAGAACGUUCAUAAUGUGGAGAAAUGGGACACAGUGGAGGUUGUUAACAUUGACAUUGCUGACAACAGUAGCAUCAAUCAAAAGGACUACAAGGCAGAGCAGGACCCUGCUAUCUUUCAGUCCAAGAAGACGGAAAGAGGCCCUCUGGGACCCAACUGGCAGAAAGAACUUGCCAACAACCCCAAAUGUCCUCACAUGUGUGCCUACAAGCUAGUGACUAUUGAAUUCAAGUGGUUGGGACUACAGAACAAGAUGGAGAGCUUCAUUCAAAGGGUGGAGAAGCGUUUGUUUACCCACUUCCACAGGCAGCUGUUCUGCUCAAUUGACGACUGGAUCGAACUGACGAUGGAUGACAUACGGCGAAUGGAAGAGGAGACGAAAAACGAGCUGGACAAGCUGAGGGAAACCGAAGAGGUCAAAGGAAUGGGUGCCGAUGAGUGAUGUCCAGCCAAUACCUGUGAUACUGGAAGACCUGACCUCAUCCUGCAAGUUUACGCUCCGCUCUUCAGGCUGAUUGGAACUACAGUGGCUUCUCAGGCAUAAUCAAGAAUACCCCCCCUUACAUCUUAAUAAAGAUUUGCUCUUAAUAAGAGCUCAUUGUAAAGCAAUCGUGCAUAUUAAUUUACAACAAUUAAAUUUGACUACGACUGCUUUUAGUCGCUUCUCUUGAGAUUUAGGAUGGAAGAUGAAAUAUUCUUGUUUAUGCCUGUUCUUUACAACUUUUAAAACAUUAUAGUGACGGUGUGGGUUCUCUUGGCUGGCACAUAUCCAACUACAGUAAUCCUCAUUGGAUUUGUUCCUCCUCUUGAUUUUGUAUGAUUUCUUGGAUUUAUUGUUUACUUCCCACAGCAAGGAAAACUGUUUUCUGUCUACAUUCGUAAAUGUUUUAUCUUAUUUUUUUUUUGUACUGUAAGUAACCUGAGAUAUAUUUUUCUUGGCAUGUUGUUUGCUAUGGCACUCAUGCUGCUGUUAUUUACUGGAUCAGUGUAAAGGCUCCUAUUCUGCCUUCCAUCAUCCUGAGACAGUAAGAAUACAUAUUUUGAUUUUGGUGACACAUGAGGGUGUUUUAAUAAUCAUGAUCCUGAUAUCACAUGACCAGAUUUUGGUGAGGUACUUGAAUUAGACACUGUGCCCUUAAAUGAGUGUUAUGUCUCCAAGAAUCUGAACUGUUUGCAGAUUGAAAAUGUUUGAUCCUUGUGAGUCUUGUGUCGAAUGUCAGUUGCAAUAAUUACAAGUUUUAUGGGGUUUGUGCAUUACAUUAAACAGGUUGUUUUUUCAUUUGCAUCUUAUGUGCUGUAAUUUAACGCAGAGUUGUGGAAGAAGCCUGUUUAAAGAGCAUCCAUAAUCAUCCCCUACUUGAAUCAGAAACUGUUGGCACCUGAUAAUAAACACAUUUGCACAAGCGUA